AACAGAAGCGACACAGAUCUCCUUCCGUCACAUUAACCCGCAAAUCAUUCACAAAGCACGUGCACAUCGAGAAACACCCUUUAGUUUAAGGUCCGACAUUUAAAACGUCGCCGAAAAGAAGCUCCGCGUAAACGCCAAAUGUCUUUGUUUAUCUGUGUAUUUUCUCCGCCUCAGCGUCGCCGAAAGUCCAGUUCGGUUUUUACGUGAAGCUCCAAAAAUCUAUGAAAUGUGUUUGCAUGUUCUUCUGGAUGUAGAGGUGGGAUUGCGAGAAUCGAAAGGUUGGUGAGCCCACACGCUCAGCUUCCCAGAAAGUACGUUUAGCAAUAAUUCACCAUUCUCUUCCUCACGCGCUCGGCUCGGUCGAAGGCUCCAUGAUUUCUGGAAGUGGAGAAUAAGCUUUUUCUCCCUUCUUUUUGCCAUCAAUCUCAACGACAGGCUUGGAGAAGGGGCGCUCGGACAGUGGAAGCCCUCCCCUCCGCUCGGAUCUGCCUUGGUAGUUUACAGGUUGUCGGAGGAAAGAUGUGGAUGAGGGCUGAAGUCUAGAGCUGAGGGCAUUGGGGUUGGCCGGCCGAUUCGCCCGUUAAGGGGAGGCUCCACCCUCACCUGGGUACUGACUGGAUCGCGAGUGCUGCCUGGCUCCUCCUCGCCAGCCCCCGUCCCCUCCCCAACCCCGCCCCCCCUCCCGCGCUCACACCCCGGGGCUGGACCAUGUCUGGCGGACAGCCGGAGGGCAGCCGGACACCCAAGGCCCAGGACCCGGACACAGACCAGGACUGUGGGGAGGACAGUCCUGUCAUCGAACGCCGUAACCGGAGCGGCAUCAUCAGCGAGCCUCUCAGCAAGAGUCUGAAGAGGUCUCGCACCCUCUCACAGUACACCGCCGCAUGUCCCCAGACCGCCAACGGACUGAAACACAACGGUCAGGCUAAGAGCCACACGACCAAGCCUGCCCAGCCUGCCCAGCAGCAGCCACAGCAGCCUUCCGCCUCGGCCUUGGUGCCGAGCAAGCUGGACCGAACCCUGGAGCAGGUGUUGGAGGGACAGAAUGGCCUGUUGCACUUUGCCCAGGCAGCUGCGCUGCUGAAGCGGGCGGGCAUGGAGCACAUGCUGCUGCCAGGGGGAAUGGGAGUGGGCGUGGGUGGGGGCGAGGUUGGGUCGGUCGACCUGGAGGGGGCAUCAGUGGCUGACACAGUUGGGGGUCACACAGACUUCCCGUAUGGUGUGGGCGGUGGCUUCCCCUUCAACCCGGGGCUGUUCAUCAUGACGCCGGCUGGAGUCUUCCUCGCCGACAGCGCGCUGCACAUGGCCGGCUUGACGGAGUACCCAGUGCAAAGCGAGCUGGCCUCCGCCAUUAGCUCCGGGAAGAAGAAAAGGAAACGGUGUGGGAUGUGUCCACCUUGUCGGCGCAGGAUUAACUGCGAGCAGUGCAGCAGUUGCCGGAACCGCAAGACGGGCCACCAGAUCUGCAAGUUCCGCAAGUGUGAGGAGCUCAAGAAGAAACCGUCUGCUGCACUGGAGAAGGUGAUGCUGCCGACAGGCGCGGCGUUCCGGUGGUUCCAGUAGGACUGUGACCUCUGACCUCCACCCAAAGCUCUGCCAUCAAGUGCAAUGCCAACUCUCGCUUGGAUCAUCUCGGGCACCAACACUGGCUGACAAACACAAUCUACAUGAAAAGAAAAAAGAGAAACACAAUACAACUAUGAAAAAAAAACUUCAUCACAAGAUGCUGAACAAUUAAACAACAAUACAAAAAGAAUCAAACGAGUAAUGGAUGCACCUACUUAUUCCUUGAACCAAAAAUUAAACAUAAAUAAAAAUAUCUAUGGCAACUUUCAUUCCCUUUUAUAUGUUUCCAUUUUGGUACCUUUUUGUCCCUUUUCCAACAGAUUUUUGUCUGUGGCUUAGACAUGGAACUGUUCAUUGACAAACAGAAAUGGCGGACUCAGUGUGGACAAUCAACAAAAUUUCUGUGUUUGGUGUUAAUGUUGUUCACGUGUGGAAAGAUACAGUACUUGUGUAGAGAAUGUAAAUUUUACGGCUAUAUUUUAAAAUUAGUGGCUAAUGGCAAGCACUAUUGUAAUUUAGGACCAUUGUUCUUACUUAAAAAACUGUAUUUUAUGAUCGUUUCCUUUGUUUUUUUUUUGUUUUGUUUGAUUUAAAUUCAUAGUUUUGAAAACUGAUCAAUGUUAUGUCUUUCAAGGGAUUCCAAAAUCUACAAACCCAAUUUUCUGAAUGAACAAAUAUGCAUUAUAAUAAACCCUACUCUGUCGAUGACGUAAUUGAAAUAUGAAAUUACAUCAUUUCUGUAGGGUUGUUACUACUGGAAGCUCCAAAAUAUCAAUAUUUCAUUUUGUUUUACUGUACUGGCAGCAUUUUGUUAUAUUAUGUCAGAUUAUAUCAUGUGACUUCUCAUUACAUUAUGUUUAAAAAUGUAAUAUUACAGAUUGUCACAUGAUUGUUCUCAAUGUACAGGUCUGAAUUUUUACAGAGCCCUCCACAGCACUUGCUCGGCUCAAUCAAACGCACUGAAAAAAAAAAAAAGAUUUAUCUUUUUAUUUUGUUUUGUUUUGAUGACAUUGCCGGUAGCUACAUCUUUUAAAAAAAGCAGCAAUGUUUGUAUUGGAUUAGAACUAUGGGCUGGUUUUGUGAAUAAAAACAAAUGCAUGUAUUUGUGUCGAAAAAUUUACAGCUCUGACGUCUGUCUAUUUGCAUGUUUUUUAAGAAACAGCAGCAAACUUACAAAAAAAAACCUGACAACAAAAUGGAAAUGUUCGCAAAAUCCUCUAGGUUGUUCUCUUUUCCAUUCAAGCAGUAAAAUAAAAAAGCAAUGGGACACGGUAUGUCAUUUUGAGAUGCGAUAAAGAUGUUUUAUCAA